UUCAUUCUCUUUUUUUUUUAUAUGCAAACAUACAAAUGCUCAUGCUGUAAUCAUUGUUUCAGGGAGUUGAACUUGCACUAGAACAAGUAUGGCCAAAAGCUGACAGGAGGUUCUGCUGUAGGCAUCUAAGUAGAAACUACAAGAAGCUAUUUCCAGGCCCUAUGAUGUAUGUUCUAUUCUGGAGAGCAUGCAAUGCUUCUUCAGCUUUCACAUUCAGGAAAGCUAUGGAGAAGUUGCAAAAAGCAGGAGGAGAUGAUGUCAUGACUUGGUUUGCAGAAUUGGGAGAGAAGUCUAAGUGGAGUAAGCAUGCAUUUGACCCAAAUGUUUGCAAUGACUCCAAUACAUCCAAUUUUGUAGAGAGCUUCAACUCUACUCUAGGGGUGAAUAGGUGUAGGCCUAUUUUGACUUUGCUAGAAGGAAUAAGGAGGGUAUGUAUGGUUAGAAUAGCAACAAGAAUGGAGAAUGCAAAGUCUUGGAAUGAUGAAGACAUAACUCCAAAAAUUGUGAAGCUAGUGAAAGAAAUAGGAAAAGCUAGCUCAAAAUGGAGAGUAUUCAAGUCCAGCCCAGGUGAAUAUGAAAUUCAUGAGGGAAGAUCACAAUUUCCUCUCAGCUUAAACAAGAAAGUUUGUUCUUGUGGGGCAUGGCAACUGACAGGUGUGCCUUGUAGGCAUGCCAUUAGGGCUUGCAUUGAUGCCAAGUUGGACCCACAUGACUUUGUCAGUUCCUGGUACUCUGUGAAGACUUAUAAGCAAGCUUACAGUGUCUGUAUCAACCCAAUUCCUGACACAGAGCAAUGGCCUGCAGAUGAGUCAGGUAGAAUCAUCAUGCCUCCUAAGAUGAAGAGGGGAAUUGGAAGACCAAGCAGGAACAGAAAGAGGGAAGAAGGUGAGGAGCAACCUGGAAAAAGGUCAAAAACAGUGAAAUGCAGCAAAUGUGGUUGCUUUGGGCAUAAUAAGACAACCUGCAAGGGAGGCUUAACAGGAAAAGAGUUGAAGACAAAUGAGCCUGUUGUCAUCAAGAACCCUAGGGUCAGAGACCAAAGUAAUGCAGCAAAGGCAGCUAAGCAAUCUGAAGCACUUGGAUCUCAGUCUGCAGCAACUCAACCUUCAGCAUCUCAAGCAGCAACUUCAACCAAAAAAACUAAGGGAAAGAAGGGCAGACCCUCAGCUGAGCAACAAACAGUGCUGACAGCGUCACAGUUGCCUAGCCAACCAAUCCAGAUGUCUCAAGGAAACUCUCAAAGCUAG